AUGGAAUGUUCAAAAAGCCCGGCCGAGCAGGUCAUCGCUGCCUUUCGAGAGCGCGAUAUUCCUUUUAGGAAGGAGAUCAUAGAGUCGGCGUUCGCUAAUGAGCCCGAUGGCCCUGCAAAUUCGACAUGGGUGUCCAACCAUCUCCGUUCCGACACAUUGUUGUCCAAGGAGGAGAUCAAUCUAUAUGCCAAGAUAGAAAGUUCUGGUGCCCUUCAAGGCCUUCUUUCAACUGCGGACCUCACUGCAACGCGACCUUUGCUGGAGGAUGAUAUUCGCACCGCCAUUAGCUCCCUAAAAGAAUCUACAGCAUCUAUCAAAAGACGCACUGAGGUGCUGACUGCUCAAUGUGAAUUGGCGAAGAAAAGGCUACGUGAUGACAAUGAGUAUCAUAAGAACCGUGGAAAGGCCUUGACAGACGUCCAGAGGAGACAUCAAUUAGAGAGACAGCAUAUUAGCGCCGCGGCCGAUGAUCUUGCACAGACUCUUGAGGCGAGAAUGAGAACUGGAACAGAGUCGACAGUCAUCGAAAGCAGAAAACUAUUUUCUCUAGUGACCGCCAGGCUAAAAGAUGAUGAUCGGACUCUGCAGAAACUCGAAGGAUUACUAUCACGGCUUGGGUCUGAUGAUGAAGAUAGGGCGGCAGGGAAGCGAGCAACAGAGCUUACAAGCAGGCUUUCUGGAUAUGUCUCCGAAGAAAUACAGUGUCGCCUAGAUCGAUUAUACAUGGAAACGAUAAAUUCUACGUCGGAAUCAUCGGCUUUCAAUGGGGCAGGAGGUGAAGACGAAGUCCUGCUUGCAUUGCAGGAGGAGCUAGAGUCUCUAUACCCCGAAAUCACUGUGCUAUCGGACAUAUCUGCGAAGCAGCAGUUCAGCGACCCCAUACAGCGCGAGCUCGAAAAUCAUCACGGGAACAUGUAUUCUGCCUCAGAGAAAAAGUUGAGUCAUAUCCUCGACAUUUUGAGCGAGAUGACGAUGUCCACACAAGAUAUCAGAGAGCGUUUGCGAGAUAGACAGUCUUACCGUGAAUGUCUGGAAGGUCUCAUAGGUGUUUACAAAACGGAAAUGGACGUUAAACUUUCUGAGCCGACAUCCAGACGAGAAUCACUGCUGAAAGACACCCUCAGAAGCUCACUGGGUUCACCGCGCCCGCGAGAUUCCGAAAGAAGGAAAUCUACUCUACCUAUCCUCGAGUCACCGUCCCUCGAGUCCGUCUUACGCCGUCUUGGGACUUCAGUUGACACAGUACUUAGACCUUCUGAAGAGGGCGGUGGUCUCGAUACCCUUCAUGAAAAGAAGAUUUCUAUGCUAGAGCGCCUGCAUAAUCUCGUUGUCGCCGCUGAUGUUCCAUUACUUUCUCACCUCAAUCAGGCAGACCAGGCAGGACAGUUACUUCACUCUUCCUUACAUGCAGAAUCGACUUGGUCGCCGUCACUUUUGGAUGCUGUCCAAGAAAAGGAUCUUGCUGAAUUGGAAAGACAAUUGGUUCGCGUUCAAAAGGGCGUUGAACGUGUAAACCUAGAAGAUUUGCACCAGCGAAACAAACAUCGGGACAGAUUCAUGGAAAGGUGGUCAUAA